AAGGAUGUUUUUAUCAAAAACCAAGCAAAGAAAAAUAAAUAUUUGUCACAAUUGGCGACUCUAUAAAUAAAUGGACGUGUAAAAUCUACAAUUUAGCUCAAAUAAUCAGACGUAAUGGAGGCUAUCAAGCAUUUUACAAUGGAAACCUACACCAAUAUGCUCAAUCGCGAGCUGUCCAUCAAUGAAUGGGCUCAGGAGCGCUUGAGCUCUGGAGCCUCGCUGUGGGCCUUCAUGAGCAUAUAUCUGGACCCCAGCAGCCUCUUUAAUCUGUUCAUUCCGUUGUGCGGCAUCUUCAGCCAGGAGCUGCUCACGCAUCUCUUGACGGCAGUUAGUCUGGUCAGCACCCUGAACUCCUUCGAGAAAUGGAUUUAUCCGGAGAUGCGUCCUUUGUGGUGGCUGCGUGAGCGGUUUGCCGAUAAGAAAGUGUCCUUUAAGCCACCAGUGGCCCUGGAGAGCCAUAAGCUUAGCUGCGAGACAAGUGGCGGCCUGCCCUGCGCCCAUUCCAUGACCUUCACUGUUUUUGCUCUCAUCCUGGGCUCAUUCUGCUUUGUCCACUGCUGGAAUCGGUUCAGGUCCUGGCGUUCGCCCAUUUGGCGCUGUAUGAUGUACCCGCUAAUCGUGGGCUCGGUGGUCUGCAUGUGGCUAAGCCGCCUCUACCUGGCCACAGAGUUUUUGCACCAGUGCGUCAUUGGCAGCUACAUUGGCCUGAGGCUCCUCAACACCUUCGAGGCCAAUGCCAAUUACCUGUACUCGCGUCCACGUCUCGUUAUGGUGUCUGUGGUGUGUGUCUUGGGAGGACUCGCAGUGGCAGUGUACUUUAUCAAGUUGGACUUGGAUUUGGAUCCACAUUGGUCCGUGCGACAGGCUUUUAAAUGGUGUCCAGAGCCCACCUACAUGCGUCACGAGGCAAGCACCAUUUUCCUCCUUGCCCGAGACUUGGGCAAUCUGAUGGGACUGGCCCUGGCAUCCCCCCUCUCAAAUCUGCCCAACAAGCAGUCGCCCUUUUGGCGAAGGUGCAGUGUCCUGGGCGCUUUGGAGUUCCUCAAUUACGGUCUCCGCCUGGCCACACCCAAGCAGCAUGGCCGAUUCGCUUUCUUGGCCUAUGAAUUCUCCAGAAAUGCAUUACAUUCGCUGGUGCUCUUGAAGUACUCAACGCAGUUCUACUAGACUGAGAUUAAGAUAUUUUUGUGUAAAUAAAGACAGAAAACAUAUAA